UCUUUUUUUCUUUCUUUUUUCUGAAGAAUUAUAUAAUGUGGUUGUGGACAUGUCAUUUUCGUGCGCAACGAUGUAAGAUUCAAUUUCGCCGUAAAAUCGGAGAAGUCGAAGGCGCGAUUGAGAGCUCCGGAGUUAACUCCUGUUCCACCUGUACCCGCCAUUGAGUUUUUCGCGCGAAUUAGGAUUCAUGCAUGCAUUGUGCAUGGCAACAGAUACAAUUUGGUAACUAACAUUUUUCUUCUACCAUAUACCAUCGCCUUAAUCAAUAUAUUAAGUAAGUUGUUAAUCAUAUAGAAUAUAAUCCCACGAAGAUGACCCAAAUGCUCCUCAUUCUCAUCCUUUUCUCCACUUUUUCCCCCUUCUGUUCUCCCUUCGAUGGUGCCCGAGUCGAAAUCUAUCGCAUUGGCUCCAAGGGCGAGGUCACGGGGGCCGAGCUCGUCCGCCGCGAGCUCCAACGGGACAGGAUUCGGUUGGCCUGCUUCAGCGCCAAUGCCGCUGCCAACGUCAGAGUUCCCGUUCCCGUCCACGGGGCUGUCGGGGAGUACCUCAUCGACCUAUCGAUCGGUACCCCUCCGGUGACCUACACCGGGAUUGCCGAUACUGGCAGCGACCUCGUCUGGCUCAUGUGCCAGCCCUGCGAUCUAUGUUCCGAUUUUCUCACUCCUACCUACAAUUCCUCCGAAUCCUCCACCUUCACGGUGCCGCCGUGCGAUAGUCCCCUAUGCGAAAACCUCUUUGUCGAAAACUCCCAAGCCUCAUGUUAUCUGGGAAAUUGCCAUUACGAUUUCGGUUACGGUGAUAUUUACACACAAACAUACACAUCCGCCACGGGAGUUCUCGCAACUGAGACCUUCACAUUCCAAUCCUCCGACCCGGUCGCGGUACCCAACAUCGGUUUGGGCUGCGGCAACGCAAGCACUAUGUACUUCUUCAACUCCUCCGGCAUAGUCGGGCUCGGGAGGGGGAACUUGUCGUUGAUAUCUCAGUUGGGUGUCGGAAAGUUCUCCUACUGUCUCACUUCUUUUGUCGAUACUACGAGUGCUAGUCCACUUUUUCUCGGAUCACUGGCUAGUCUCAAUAGCAGUGCAACACUAUCCACUCCGUUUGUCUCAAACCCAAACCCUAACAACACCUACUAUUACCUAUCUUUGAAAGGUAUAUCACUAGGUUCUACCUUGGUUUCGAUCCCGUCGACGGCUUUCGCCUUGAAGCCGGACGGAAGCGGCGGUUUGAUCAUCGACUCCGGCACCACACUUACUCUUUUGGUCGACGAAGCGUAUCAACCCGUGACGCAGGCAAUCGAAUCAGUAGUGAACCUUCCGAUCGACGACGGUUCCGAUAUAGGGUACGAUCUAUGUUACACGUUGGAAGCCGGUUCGUCUCCUCCGCAAAUGCCGUCGAUGACGUUUCACUUCGAUGGCGCCGACAUGGAUUUGCCGGCGGAGAACUACAUGCGCCCGAUCCCUGAUCUAGAUUUGUGGUGCCUCGCAAUGGCGAGCUCGUCCGACGUAUCGGUGUUCGGCAACUUCAUGCAGCAGAAUAUGCACAUACUCUACGAUUUGGACAAUGAGGUGCUAUCUUUCCUGCCGGCUCAAUGCAACACACUUUGAGCUUGCUAGUCUAUCAUGGUUUGGUUCGCCAUUUAUCUUGUGUCGUACGUACGUAGUAUGUAUAAUUGUGGUGUCAAAACAAAGGCUAAUAAACCUAAGGCCUCUUUGGCUCGGUAAAA